AUGGACUUGACAAAUAAAAUUUCUUCACUGCAAAACCGCCUGCGAGCAGGACUGCAUGCCAAUAAAAUUGAUGGGCUUGAAAAAGCAAUCCAGCUGUUUUAUGUAAGCUUUAUAUAGGAAUGCGACUCAGACAGAAAUAACAGCUUAAAUCGUGCCAAAUUUGAAACUUUUUUAAACAAGACUGGCUUGUUUUUGCCAACGCAAGAGCUUAACGACCUUUUUAGGUUUUUCAAUAAAAGCCGCAGCGGCGAGGUCACAGAAUCUGAGCUUGUUUCUGGGCUACAGUUAAAUCUUUCUGAAAGCAGGCUAACAGCUGUAAAUCGAGCAUGGCAAAAUCUAGAUUUUGAAAGAAGAGGAGCAUUGCCGCUUGAGCAGCUUUAUAAGCUUUACAAUGAAAAUCAGCAUCCACGUGUCCUUGCUAGAGAAAAAACUCCUGAAGCAAUUAGGCAAGAUUUCCAAAGCUCAAUAAGAAAAUAUGCUCAAAAUCAGUCCAUUUCAAAGCCCAGCUUUAUUUCUUAUUAUACAAGUGUGAAUUCUACAAUCCCAGCUGAGCAAGAACGGUUUUUCACAAAUUUGCUUGUGGGAUGCUGAAAUUUCAGCUCAAUUCUCCUCUCCAAAAAUGAACAGAGAGAAGCAUGCUUUUAUAAAAAAAAAAAUUUUAAAUAUCUAAAUAAUAUUUUAGGGUGUUAGUUUUCCCAAAAUAAUAUUUUAUUCAUAAAUUGAGGGUGUUAAUUUCCAAAAAUUUGCUAUUUUUCGCUAUUUCUUAGCGGAGUCAGCACAAUCAUUGGUCCCAUUACCAAGAAUUGAGCAGAUUGAAGAAAUGAUAUAUGAGAAAAUCAGACAAAGAUGCAAAGGCGAUGAAGAUGAAGGAAGAGCCAUGCUUAAAACUUUUCGGCAUUUCGAUAGGGACAGAUCAGGGUCUAUUUCUCUUGACGAAUUUAAAAGAUGCCUAGAGAACUGGGGCUGUGUUUUUACAGAAAUCGAAAUCAGGUCGCUUUUCGACAAAUUUGACGCUGAUCAUUCAGGGUUUUUAGACUACGAAGAAUUCUCAGGACAUUUCGCCAAAAAAGGAGCUGCUGGCCGACAUCAAUUUUUACCAAAAGAAGAAUUCCCAGCUGACGCUUUAAAUAAAGUCAAAUCUGAACUAUUAAGAAGAGGCACCAAUGGUAUCCGAGGCCUUGGCAUAGUUUUCAGAAGAAUGGACCGGUCCAGAGACCGAAACUUAUCCCACUCAGAAUUUGAAUGGGGCUUGCGAGAAAACGGGCACAUGUUAAGCCCAGUCGACGUCGAUAAACUUUUCAAAUUCUUCGACCGCAACAAGGACGGAAAAGUCUCUUAUGAUGAAUUUCUCUACGCCCUCCGAGGAGAUCUCAAUUCUCGCCGCAAAAGACUUAUAGACCUCGCUUACCAAAAACUUGACAAAAAUGGUGACGGCCACGUCACAUUAGAAGACAUGAGAAUUGCCUAUGACGUCUCUUUCCACCCUGAGUUCCAAGCAGGGACCAAAACGCGGGACCAAAUUUUGACUGAAUUUAUGUCACAAUGGGACACUAUAAAGCAGGACGGCAUUGUAAGUGUCGAAGAAUUCGAAGAAUAUUAUAAAGACGUCUCAGCUAGCAUUGAUAGAGAUGAUGAAUUUGAACUUAUGAUCAGAAAUGCCUGGCAUAUAGUAGGCGGAGAAGGCUGGUGCGAGAAUACAACGAUUCCUAGAUACUUAGAAACUGAUGCGGCGGGAAACCAAAAGGUAGUGAUGGCCAAAGGAAGCGAAACUUUUAAUUAUGGAAAAAGUCAGAAGAGAUUCUGGGGAGGAGAUAUAUAA